AAAUAUUUUUUAACCAUCGCCACACUCAAAAAUUGUCUAUGACUGUUAUUUCACUUUGGUUCUGAUGUUGAAAUAACAUUGAAAAUCGUAGGAAAUACUAAAUAUCCUCGCAAAAUGAAUAAAUUAAAAUCGUCACAGAGAGACAAAGUGAAGAAGUUUGUCGCGUUCACGAACACCAGCGAGAGCACGGCGAUCUUCUGCCUCACGCAGAACGACUGGAAGCUGGACCUGGCCAGCGACAACUACUUCCAGAACCCUGAUGCCUACUUCAAAGACCCUAUGAAAACUUCACUGGACAGGAAAAAACUAGAACAACUCUUCAUAAAGUACAAAGACCAGCAGGAGAAUGACAAAAUUACAGUUGAUGGAGUCAUGAAAUUUCUAGAAGAUCUAAACCUUAGUGCAGAAUCUAUUUUAGUACUUAUUAUAGCAUGGAAAUGCAAAGCAGCUGUACAGUGCGAAUUUACAAAAGAUGAAUUUAUUAUGGGCCUUUUUGAGCUUGGCGCUGACAGUAUAGACAAACUAAAAGCCAAGCUACCAACAUUGGAGACAGAAAUAAAAGAUCCUAACAAAUUCAAGGAUUUCUAUCACUUUACAUUUAAUUAUGCUAAGAAUCCGGGGCAGAAAGGCUUAGAUUUAGAUAUGGCAAUAGCAUACUGGAACAUAGUGCUCAGAGGGAGGUUCAAGUUCUUGGAUGCUUGGUGCAAGUUCCUCACUGAAAAUCACAAAAGAUCAAUACCAAAAGACACAUGGAAUCUACUCUUAGAUUUUGCUACACAGAUAGACGAUGGCAUGAGCAACUAUGAUGCUGAGGGUGCAUGGCCUGUCCUUAUUGAUGACUUUGUUGAAUGGUGUCAAAAGCAAGGACUCUGCGGAGAUGGACUCAAAACAUCAGAGCCGGAGUCAGUCUAGCUUCAGGACAACCCUUCCCACAUUCCGGGCAACACAACAGAGAAGCAAGAGCAUGAUAGUGUUGGCCAUUAUCUAGCAAGGGUUUAUAUUCAUAAUGAUUCUUCUCUCAAGUUGUGUUGCUUGGCAUGGAUCUGUGUACAGUUGAAUGGUUUGCUGUUGUCAUGAAUAUUCUUUGAGGAGUGUAGGCGACCAAAUUGAAGGAAAAGAUUGAGCUAUCAGGUGUGAUAGUGUAAAGUCCAGUGGAAAAAUCUUUGAUUCUGUGUCAAAGAUAGAUUCUUAAAAUUGUAUAAAAUAAACUGGUGGGAAAUAUCAGUGGUGUGUUAAAGUAUUAUGUAUAAUAUAAUCUGUUUGGACAUGGAGUUAGAGCCUGAAUGUAGUCAAAUAUAUUGGAGUGUUGAAGUUUUUAUUGUUCAUUCUCAUUCAACUGUACAAAGUCAAUGAAGUUUACUGUUUUCGUCCGUUAGACAAAUUUUGCAUAGAUUCUUGUUGAACCUAGACUUGUCACCAUCUUACCUUGUUGAAGUUACAAUUAAUAAGGUAGUGAAUUAUGGCAGAUCCCCUACAAAUCUGUAUUUUAACAAUAUUUGGAAACCUUCAUCUGUAGGCUAUUUUCUAAUGUUAGAAUACUAUCGUAAAGCAUUAAAUUAAGAUGUAAAUAUGUAUAUACACAUUAAUGAUAUUACAUUUUUUUUAUUUGAUUAAAGCUUGGAUGUCGAA